AUGUACACCAAGAACACACACUUAUUUGCCCAAGAAAACUCACCCCUACCCUCUCUUCACCCUCUCUUUCCCCCACCCAACACCAUUGAUGAAAUCUUUCAGCUCCAUUAUACCCAUGCAGAUCAAAACAUCUCCACCACUCCUUUUGCCGGUUUCCAUAAUGCCCUUCUUCAAAAUUCCGAUCAUCAUCAUCAUCAUCACCGCGUAGUUGCUGCUGAUUCGAUGGAAUAUACAUCCGAUUAUCAGACGAUGCAGCCGUCGUCGGGGAAGAAAGACCGGCACAGCAAAAUAUACACGGCUCAGGGGCCGAGAGACCGACGAGUCCGGCUGUCGAAAGGGAUUGCUAGAAAGUUUUUCGAUCUUCAAGAAAUGCUCGGUUUCGACAAGCCCAGCAAAACCCUAGAAUGGCUGCUGAAUAAAUCAAGAACCGCCAUUAAAGAGCUCCUUCAGAGCAAACGAAAAGAGAGAGCUGGAAGCAGCAGUUCAUCGCCAACCUCUGAUCAUUGUGAGGCUUUUUCUAAUUCUGCUGCAGAUUCGGGGAAAAGAUCUGUUAAAGAAGCCAGGGUUUUCGAACAGCAGGCAUGUACAAAUCUUGCAAAGGAAUCUAGGGCAAAGGCGAGAGAAAGGGCUAGGGCAAGAACAAGGGAGAAAAUGUGCAUCAAGCAGAUCAAUGAAGCGAGGGAGAACAAUAUUCGAUGCGGUAACGACGAUAAUAAUCGUCCUUUCGACGUUUUUGAGAUGCCUAAUGCUGGUUCAGCGUAUCAUCCUAUGAUGAACGAAUUAGGACAUUGUAAUAAUGCCCUAAUUCAGGAAUCUUCAGCAAUCAGGAGAAGUUCAGUUCAUCAACAAAGCCUUGUUGGUUCUGCAAGAGAUUCGAAUUCGACUAUGACGAUGAUAAGUUCGAACUACAUGACUUCUACUCUCCCAUCUUUUAAUGGAUCUGAAAAUUGGGAUUUUUGCACUUUCUUCACACCCCCUCCCCAAUCCAACCUCUAUCCGCCAUGGGAGCACCCCAAGUUCAUCACUCGGUAA